AACAUUUUCACCAUAUAAAAUAUCUCUUUUCUUUCUUCCUUUAAAGACUCUCAACUCCUCUAUAAUCAUCUCCAACCAAUGGAAUCAAAUAGCGGGUCUAAUAUCAAGCAGGGACGACUUAGUCAUAGCCCAUCUCAUAAUUCAAUAAACUCAUCAGUAUCUUCAAUAGCUAACCAAAAAGCUCCUCUGUUUCCAAGCUUGAUGAAUAAUAAUAAUAGGCAUGGCUUUGAAGUUCUAAACCUAGGCCAUCACUCAUCUUUACCCCAGCAAAACCCAUUUUGCAUCACUACUAAUAAUAUUACUGGUAGGCUCUUCCCAAACCCUAAUGAAAACUUUCCUCAUCAGCACACAUCCAUAUCGUCCCCAGGCGGCGGAAGUGGCAGCAAUGGCAACGAUUCGGUGGCGACUGACGACAUAAACAACAUGGAAUUGAGUGAGCGAAAUUGCGGAGAGGAUGUGAAUAACAACGCCGUGAACGACACAAGAAGGCUGAAGAGAAUGAUUUCCAACAGGGAAUCUGCUCGGCGGUCGAGAAUGAGGAGGAAAAUGCAAAUAGAAGAGCUUCAGUACUUGGUGAGCCAGUUACAAACCACUAACCGCCAGCUUUCGGAGAAGCUUAUUCAAUUGUUGGACUCCAAUCAACAGAUAGUCCAAGAGAAUUCUCAGCUCAAGGAAAAGGUUUCUUCCCUUCAAAUCAUAUUGUCUGAUAUGCUACUGCCUGUGAGGAGUAUUGUAGGUGAGGAUAGCAGACCCCAGCAAGCUCCAACUACACCCUCCGCUACUGUUAGUUCCAUGCAAUUACUUCAUUAAUUAAUAAUGACUACUAUUAUUAUUAUUUAUAGUA